CCUUGGCCAUGGCGGAGGUGAAUGGACCGGGGCCCCUGGUGGCCGAGCCGCAGAUUGCCAUGUUCUGUGGGCGUCAGCUGCUGCAUAUGAACCCUGAGACUGGCCAAUGGGAGCCUGACCCUCAGGGCCGCCAGGGCUGCUUCACAGAGCCCAACCAGAUCCUGUCCUACUGCCAAGAGAUGUAUCCAGCCCUGCAGAUCUCCCAUGUGGAGGAGUCCUCCAGCCCCGUCACCAUCCCAGCCUGGUGUAAGAAGGGCUGGGGCCACUGCCAGACACGGCCCUUCAUCGUCAUGCCCUACCGCUGCCAGGUGGGUGAGUAUGUGAGUGAGGCCCUGUUGGUUCCAGACCGAUGCCGUUUCCUGCACCAGGAGCAGAUGGAUGCCUGUGAGAGCUACGUCUACUGGCACAACAUAGCCAAGGAGGCCUGCACAGCAGACAGUCUGGAGCUGCAUAGUUAUGGGAUGCUGUUGCCGUGCGGCGACCGUUUCCGUGGGGUGGAGUAUGUGUGCUGCCCGGGGAGGGGCGGGUCCAGUGGCAGGGGGGAGACAGAGGGCGGGGACGCUCUCCCAGCAGGACCCCAGGCCCUCACCCCUCAGGCCAAAGUCAAUACAGGAGUCAAAGUGACAACACCCACCCCAAGCCCCUCUCCUGACACCGAUAUGGACGAGACAGAUAUGGAGGAGGAAGAUGAUGAGAUGGUGGAAGAGGAUGAGCAGGUGGAGGAAGAGGAAGAGGAGGAGGCAGUAGAGGAUGAAGAGGAGGAGGAGGAGGAGGAGCAGCAGCAGCAGGAGGUUGCAGCAGCAGUGAAAGACCCAGAGGAGUAUGAGUACUCCAUUGACUCUGGCCCCUACCAGGCUUCUGACUACACAGACUCCUUCUACUAUGAGAAAGGCCAGGGUCAGGCUGGUCGCAACCCCUCCACAUCCCCACCCCAGAUCAGGGGAGACAGCCUGCCCACCCCUCGCCCCACAGAUGGCGUGGAUGUUUACUUCGAGAUGCCAGGGGACGACAGCGAACACGCCAACUUCCUGCGUGCCAAGAUGGACCUGGAGGAGCGGCGAAUGAAACGCAUCAAUGAGAUCAUGAAGGAAUGGGCUGAGGCUGACAACCAGUCCAAGAACCUGCCCAAGUCUGACCGCCAGGCCCUUAAUGAGCAUUUCCAGUCUGUGUUGCAGACUCUGGAGGAGCAGGUGGCAGGGGAGAGACAGAGGCUGGUGGAGACCCACCUGGCCCGCGUGGUGGCCACCCUCAACAACAACCGCAGACUGGCCUUGGAGAGCUACCUGACCGCCGUGCAGGCCGAGCCCCCACAGCCCGAGCGGGUGCUGCAGGCUCUGAAGCGAUACAUGGCAGCAGAGCAGAAGGACCGCAGACACACUCUGAGACACUACCAGCACAUUGAGGCCGUCGACCCCCAGAAGGCUGAGCAGAUGAAGUUCCAGGUCUACACCCACCUCCAUGUGAUUGAGGAGAGGAUGAACCAGAGCUUGGCUUUACUCUACAAGGUCCCUGCCUUGGCUGAGGAGCUGCACGAUGAUAUCCAGGAGCUGGUGAAGGCGGAGCGAGGAGACAUUAGUGAGCUCAUGACCACUUCCUUCUCUGAGACGCGCACUACCGAGGAGCUGCUUCCUGCCGAGAGUGAGGAGGAGAAGGAUGACGAAGAGGAGGAGGAGAGAGCCUUCCAGAACAGGCCCUACCCACCCCGCAUCGACCCACAGCCCAACGCUAAGAAAGCCUCUACAGACGAGUAUGACUAUGCCACAUCUGAGAGAAGCCCCACAUAUGAAUAUGAGGAGAAAAUUAACACCUCUGUGGAGCUCAAGCAGGUGGUCUACAAGUCUCCUGAGAUCCAGACAGAUGAACUGCAACCUGACGCCAUGGAGACGUUCAACCGCGGGGCCAUGGUGGGGUUGCUGGUGGUCGCCGUGGCCAUCGCCAUGGUGAUGGUGGUCAGUCUGUUGCUGGUGCGCAGGAAGCCGUACGGCACCAUCAGCCACGGCAUCGUGGAGCAGGUUGACCCCAUGCUGACACCAGAGGAGCGCCAACUCAACAAGAUGCAGAACCACGGCUACGAAAAUCCCACCUACAAAUUCUUUGAACAAAUGAACUGAGGCGGUGGAUGUGACCUCCCGGUCAUGCCCAAUCACACAAGGCGCUCCCUUUCUUUGUUCCCCUCCUAGGGGCGGUCCCAGUCACACCCCCUAUGAUGUAUUAAGAUGUAUCAUUACGACCAACAUUUUAAUGUAACUUGACAAGCAAAUAAUGGGGAAUAUGCCCCAAACCUCUGACCAACCAUGUCCCCACAUCAGUUUUUGGAAUGUAAACCAGUAACGGAGACGUAUUACCCAUCCUCUUACUCUUCUAGAAUAAAGGGGUGGACAUUAAUGCCAUAGUGUAACAAUCAUCUCCUUUAGAGAGAUUCACUCCUGUCUACUUGGAUUGGAAUGGCUUGAGUUGACCCCCUUAUUCUUAUUAAAUGGAUUGAUAUUUGUCAGAAACUGACUCAAUGUUGAACAGUUCAUUUUGCUUUGUUGUGUAUGUCAUCUGUUUAUUCUUUGUUGGAUUGUGUUACAGCUGUGAUUCAUUAUAUUCCAGUUCAGAUAGUGUAAAAUGUGAACAAACAAUAUAGUAUAACUGAUCUAAAACUCCACACAAACUGGUUCUCUCUAAAGCUACAAUGACUCUGACAUGAUGACCACCAAGCCAACCCCACCUCCAUGAGUCAAUGUAGGACAGCUUCUUUCAAAGCCAGGCACAGUUCUAACGGUUAAGCAGAGAUGAGGAGGUUGGGUUGGGAAUGUGAGGUAUUGAAGCUUGAUUGACUUAGUUGUUACUUAGUAAUUACUUACACCAACAUAUAUUAUCAAUCCAUAGUAAAAUGGGUUGGUGGUCUUUUGAUAUUCAGCCCAACCUCAUCUCCUUCAGUCUGUGGCAUCUGACACAAUCGGCACCCAGAGCCUAUUCCAUGUGAUGUGAACUAUUUAAUUGAACUAAUGUACCAAAUGUACCAUUAAGUUAAGUGAAUGACUGCUACCUAAAAAAAAAUAACAAAGUAAUCAGAAGUCCAUUAUUUUUAUGAAAGCAUGCAGAUUUGGUGUAUGACGCUACCGUCUUUGUGUUGUUCCUGUUCUUUGCUUUUGAUAAGAUGGAAAUGUGACAGAUUAAAAUGGACAGUGUAAAUAUCUUUAGAAAAAACAUGACAUAAAAAUAGACAUUUCUAGAAUGAAUUUGCAUCAGUGUAAUGGAAUAAAAACAAAAAAAGAAGAAUACCUUGUGCUGUUCAGAGAGAGAGAACAUUUUCCUAACAUGGCUGAUUGAAAACGGACUGUUGUAAAAACCAGCACAAGACUACACAGUUAACUUCUGACUGAAUGUAUUUUAGGUAGAUGUUGAGACUCCAUCCUCUUCGAUAAUGCAUCACUCCCAUAGUAGAACCCCAAGGACUAACCUGUAAUCAAUAGACAAGCUACAUGUCCAGUACCUUCCUCAUUAUCUCACCGUAGUUUAACACUGGAUGUCUAUUUUCACUAUUUGCAGGUCUGAAUGAGAACAGUGGGAUGUCAUUCAUUAUUGUGGUGCAAUGGACUUUAGCAUUAGUGAUGUUGACAAAAAUUGUGAUAUUGGGUAACAGUUGUGCCUAAGGGAGGGAUGCCGAGGCCUUGUCUAUUACUCAGAUUGGGUGUGACCACAAUAUUUGCUCUAGCACACCUUAGUGGGAGUUAUUUUCAGUUUAUUGCUUCAAAUUCAAGUUAAUCUUUAGGGACAUAGCAGGUUUUUAGGCAGGAUGAACAUACAAUACAGAACAUAUAGAUUCUGUAUAAACACCAGUUGAAUGUUAGUCCACUGUUGAUGCUACUUUUUCAGUUCCAUUUCUCAUCCUAGGGAGAUCGGUCGGUUGCAUCUCACUGAAGCGUCGGUCACAGUUGUUAUGAUCAAUAUCAUUCACUGUUUAUAGAUAAGGAGGGAUUGUCCCCUUUUUCAAUGACUGAUUGUUGACGUCUUGGAUGGGUUUUAUGUUGAAUUUAUUUUUCACUACAUUACUUUGGUACCAGAGAGAGAUCUCUGUGUUGGAUGGUCACAUACACAGUAGGAGGUUUCUUCGUAAUCUACAGUGUCAACUACAACUACUGUUGGCCUACUGUACUACAGAUGAUCCUAACCAAAACCAAUCUUUCACUACUAUCAGAAUUCUGAAAAUAGCACUUUUUAAAACACCACCAGUCCUGAAACAUCCUUAGAGGUUCAUAGUUUAUUUAUAACUCAUGGCUAGGUUGUUCUGCUGUUGUGUACUUCAUGAAACCACUGGCGACACGAGGGAGUAAAUUAUUGAUCACAUCGGAGGAGAGAUGUGGCUGACUCACCCUCAUCACUUCAAACCGUUCUGUUUCUUUAUUCAAACACUGCUUUGAAUAUGGGGAAGACGAGGUCAAAUACUUGAGCUCAGAGAUUUGAAUUUUCCAUGUAUUGCUUUUGGAUUGUAGGAAUCACAGGUUGUGGUUGCUGCAUCAAGAUAAGUAGAGAGCUGAGAUAGUCCUUGUAUAAUUUGUACAGCUCCAUUUAGUUGAACCUUGUAUCGAUACUACUGAAACUAUAGAAGAGAAUAAGCUUGCCUAUGUUUCCCCAAAGACUCAAGGUUUUCAUACCAGCAUUUAGCAGACGUAGAAUGGUGUAUACUGUAGUGACUGAACACACAUUUGUAUGUCCUCUCUUGAUUAAGAUACUUCUAUGUUGGCCUUCCUCCCCUCCGCAUCCAAUGAAAAUGUAAACAAUUAUAUGGAGAGUUUAAUUGCUGCAUUAUUGCCUUUUACAAUGCUGUGUUUUGGAUGUAAUUAUGUAUUUUUUAUUUCUAAGUAAUAAUCAAUUGGAUUGAGGGUCAUGUUUUCUCGCUGUAUGAACAAUGUAGUAGCUUGUAUAAGAAUACAUAUUGGCACCCUAAAGAGGUUAAGUGAUGUCUAACCUGCAGUUCAGAUACAGUAGACCUACGCUGUCUGUAGGUCUAUAACUAAAUUGUCCAUGGAGUGGCGCCAAGCACAACUGUGAACAAAUUAUUGCUCUAUGCCAGACACAGUUACUGAUUUGAACUCCCACCAUUUUGACUAUACUCUGAUUGGAAUGAUACUGAUGACAUCACUGAGAGAGCUGAUCUUCAAAUCCAUUCAGAACUUGACCAAAGACAUGCUCUGCUCUAGAAGAGAUCAGACAACUGACUCAUUUGACCAAUUGUCCUUGAGCUAUGUAGAGUGUAAUUCAUGUGCAAGAAAUCUGAGCAAUGGAGAUCUGAUUUAAGCUAAUUAAUACUGUAAUAAAAUUACAAAUGACCCACGAAA